AUGUCAAAUCCUUACCCAUUCUUGGGAGAUCCGCAAGAAGUGGACAUCCUUGGCUUCACUCCAGAAAGCAAAAAAGCCAUGUACAGUUUCACAACAAAUGGUACCGUCUCAACAAUGAUAUCGGCACCAUCAACAGACGACCUGUUCCAUUCGAGUAAUGCUGAGGCAAAGGAAGACGGCGACAAGGAUAUCAGCGACCUCUUAUUCCAAGCUGCCAAAGACGACAUACCUCCUUCAGUCACCCGUGUCAAAACAGCAUAUGGGUUUGACAAACCAGGGAUUGAUGGCCUUGCAUUUCUUCGCAUGUACCGAUCGCUCUUUGAGCAGCAUGGUAUUCACCCAACGUUGCUGGACCGGUGGCGCACCAGUGCAUCCAUGCAGCGAAAUAUCCUCAAAACGACACCCAUCAAUCCCAAGCUACUCUCGGUUCUGCAAGACCUCGACGCAGACAUGAAAGGGAGUUCGAACCGCUGGCUCAAGUACGAGCAGCUGCUGAGAUCCCGUAUGCGCAAACCGUAUCCGGCAUGUAUUAACUGUGGCGGAAAAGGUAACGGUAAUAAGCUUCUACAAUGCGGCGGGUGCCUAAACGUGUAA